CCGCUCAUUGCCUCUCAUUUUAUGCGCAGCGUAUUACAAUUGAAAGUCAUUAUUUUUCUUUCAUAUUUACUUUGUUUAUAGUUUGAUCGUUUGAUCAAUAUCCAGUUGCUAUCAACGCAUGCCUAGCGAGCGGGUGGAACUAGUAUCUUUGUAUUAUUAAACAGCAACAAUCUUUAUAACAAUGGCGAUUUGUUAUCAAAAACAUCCCUUCGAAAUAGAAACAGAGGACCGGCUCACAACUAUCAACACAAAAAUAUUCGAGAUCAAAAAGAAAAUACAACUCUCUGAGGGUCAAAGAAAGUCCAACUACGAGGAGAAUGAAGCAGAGAAACAGCAUAAUAACGACCAUAUAGAUACUCUGAAGAAGGAGAUUAAAUUGCGUCUGACGGAGCUCGCGCGGGCACGAGAGGUCAUAGGGGAAGAGGAGGUGCAGAUCAAGAAGUACCUGAACGAUGUUUGUCCCAUGGGGGACAAGAGUGCUGAUCUGAUCACGCACAAUCUAGACCUAAAAGUGAUAGAACAGAGAAAAAUGCUAGACCUUUUAAAAUACGAGAAAAGAAAAGAAUACGAGUAUCUUCUGAUUGAGAACAACAAGGGGAUCCUUGUUAAAUCUAAGAAUAACAGCAGAGCACGGAAGCACGUUUCUCACCUAGAGAAUGAGAUUCACAAGGUUCUCAUACAAUGGACAGAAGCUGAAUUAGUGAAAAAGAAGUAUAUUUCUAUAAGACAAGCUCUGAUAGACGAUUCCGUGAAAUUUGAAAGUUCCUUGACUCGGAUCGAAGAUCUUCUAAAGAAGCAGAAAGAAGAAAUUAUGAAAUUAGAGGUAUUUGUUAAAUCGCACUCUUAUCGUGAAUACUAAACGCAAAACUAACAUGG